UUUGUGACCAUAACUGGGAACACCUGCAUCGCUGUGCUGGUGGUGGUUAAUCAGCACCUCCACACCCCAAUGUACUUAUUCCUGGGCAAUUUGGCCUGCUUGGAAAUCUGCUACAGCUCCAGUAUCUUGCCAAGGAUGGUGCUCCACUAUGCAGAUGGAGACAGGCGCAUUUCAGUCAGGGGGUGUUUCACAUAGUUCUAUUUCUUCGGCUGCUUGGCAGCUGCAGAGUGUUACCUGCUGGCCGUAAUGUCCUAUGACUGGUACCUUGUGGUGUGUGAGCCCCUGCAUGACCCAUCCCGCAUGGACACCAAGCUCUGCCUCCGGUUGGGAGCUGCAUCCUGGGUCAGUGGCUUUCUAUCCAAUUCCAUACUAAUGUUCCUGAUCUCGAAUUUGGAUUUCUGUGGGCCAAAUGAAAUCGACCAUUUUUUCUGCGACUCCUUGCCAGUGAUGAAACUCUCUUGCAGUAACACACGGGUGGCAGGAUUUGUCACUUCUGUAGUGGCAGGUGUGUGCUCGCUGCCUCCAUUCCUGUUGACCUUCUCAUCCUAUCUCUACAUCAUUGUCACAGUUGUGAGAAUUCCUUCUGCCACUGGAAGGAAAAAGGCCUUUUCCACUUGCUCCUCACAUCUUACUGUGGUGAUUAUAUUUUACUGGUCAAUAUUAGCUGGCUACGUACUCCCUUAUCAUGAUACCCACAUAUUGCCAAACAAAGUCUUCUCUGCUUUUUACACCAUUUUCAUUCCCUUGGUCAACCCUCUCAUCUACAGUAUGAGAAACAAAGAAAUAAAGAAAGCUCUGCAGAAGCAUAUGAGAGAAUUGUUUGCUUUCUGUGACAAAAAAUAA